AUGGCCGAAAGUUCUCCUUUGAAGGCCAUGAUGGCUCCUAUAUAUCUCCCAGGGCAGGAGCCUCUGCCUCCAGGUUUCACAGAAGAAGAUCGGGCAAACAUGGCACAAACAUUGUAUUGGCAAAAAACAAUGACAGGUGCUAUGGAAUGGUGUCCUACGAAAUGUGCUUUAAGUGGAGGAGCAGGAUUUGCUUUAGGUGGCUUUUUCGCUUUGUUCAGUGCAAGUCUUUCGGUUGAUGAUCCAUUGCGAAGGAGUAACCUUGCUGCUGCUCAAUUAGCCGCCCAAGAGAGAGGUUUACCUCCUCCUCCUGAGCCAACAACGAUGCAACAAACGAAAGAUUUCUUUCGCGAAACGGGAAGGAGCAUGUAUAGAAGUGCUCGUGGGUUUGGAAAAGUGGGAGCGCUAUAUUCAGGUAUAGAGUGUUGUAUUGAAGGGUAUCGAGCCAAGAAUGAUAUCUACAAUUCACUUUAUGCAGGAUUCUUGGCUGGUGGUAUUUUGGCUCGCAAUGCAGGACCAAGAGCAGCGGUAGGAGGAGGAAUCGCAUUCGCUGCAUUUAGUGGAGCGAUUGAUAUGUAG